AUGUCGGGCCGGGUGUACAGAUUCUUUACCGGCAGGGAGCAGCCGCAGUGGUUGUGGGAUCUCGCAUUGGAAAUUCGUAUCCCGGCUGUAUUCUUGGCGUAUGUUGUGUACGUCAACACGCGUUGCUACUAUGACGCGCUUAAUGCCUAUCAAGCGAACUCCCGAUGGGCCAUGACAAGUGGGAAGCUUUUGGAGCUCCGGAAACUGAACUAUCGGUACAUCAGUGUUCCUCGAUACGCGGUGCGGUACGAAUACGAAGUUGACGGCAAAAGGUACGUGUCGACGAGGGCGACAACUGGAUCUCCCUACAGGAACUGGAUGGAGCGGUUUUACAACGACACCAUCACCGAGUCCCAAUAUCUUCAGGCAAUCCCCGUGCUUCGUUUGGGUGAGCGCUGCACUGUCUUUUACGACAAGAAAAACCCUGGGGCGCACUCGGCCCUUGCCCACGACGCCAACUCAUUUGAAAUUUCAAUUCUGAGCUUUUUUACCGUCGUCCCCCUACUCAUGGGGUAUCUUAUGAAGGCACAUUGGUGGAUGCUCAAAAAGGCGUACAUGCCGAACAAAAAAAUGCGCGUUCGCUUUCCACCAACAGCCCGUCCGCCCCCUCCUCCGGAGCCGCCGAAAAAUGUCUCGCAGAUCUCUUCGCUUCCCAAGUCAUGA